AUGUUUAAAUCGCACACAGCACCAUUUAUGGGCCACAUACUUACCCCUGAUGGUCUCAAACCCAGUGCAGAGGUUGCCAAAGCAGUUCUCGAAAUGCCCCAACAUGAAGACAAGGCCGCAACUCGCCAUUUCCUGGGCACCAUCACCUACCUGUCCAAGUUUUACCCCAACCUCAGCGAGAUAGUCCGUCCACUCCGGGACCUCACUCACAUCAAACAAGAAUUUAUCUGGGCAGACCAACACUCUGAAGCAUUUAGAAAGGCUAAACAACUAGUCUCUACAGCUCCAUGCCUACGCUACUUUGAUGUACAUGCUCCGGUGGUACUCCAAGUUGAUGCUUCAGAUUAUGGCCUUGGUGCCGCAGUGAUACUGGCAACCUGUUGCUUACAGCUCCAGUUCACUCAUACCUACUGA